AUGCAUUUAUUGGGUAUGAUACCAAGUAAAGAAAAAUUAGAAUAUAAAAAGAUUUGAAGUAUUUCAUAAAAAUACUUAAUUAAUAAUAGAUUUAACAAUAUCCAAAAACAUUAUAAUUUAGUGUUACUUAUAAGGGUGUAAAUUGUUAAGUAACUGAAGGUGGAAAAGUUGUUGAGUCUACUGGUAGUAGUAGUUACUAUUAUUGUCUUUGUGAAUAAGCAAUUCCAAAGACUGGGAAAAUAUUGUUUGCAUUCUAAAUUCUCAGUUUAACAUCUAGUAUGUUUAUUGGAAUUGGAUUUAGAGAUAUUAUAUCAAAAAAUAAUUAUUAAAAUGGAGGAGUUGGGUAUGGGUAUAGGUAUUAAAUUAUAAUAGAUCAUAUAUGAUACGUUCAGAUGGUUGUAUAUACUCACAUCAUAAUAAAGAUAUAUAUGGUAAAUAAUUAUCAUUUACAUAUACAACUAAUGAUAUAAUCAUAAUGGAAGUAAGUAUUGAACAUAAGUAUAUUAAAUGGACCAGAUAAAAUAAUCCAUUAGCAACAGUUGUAAUUAUCUAAUUCAAAGAAUAAAUUAAUACAAAAAUCUUAGCAUUAAUUUAUAUGUCAUUAACAUUAAUUGAGCUAAUAAUGGAUUUCUUUCAGAUUCUUUGA